AUGGCCCUGCCAGGCGAUGCGCAUUCGCGCGUCCCACACCCCGUGGCAUGCCAGGCAGCAGUGGGCGCUGAAACCACGCCGUGGGGCGGCGCCCGGAGCAGGGCUGAGGGCGACUGCAGCAGCUGCGACACGGUGGAAACGGCGCCCGAGAUGAUGAGCCGCUACGAGCACGUGAUAGAGCUGCUAGCGGCCCAGGCCUUGGCGCAGCAAGACGAGAUCAAUCAACUGAAAGCUGCCCUCAGUGAGGCGGUCAGUCUUCCUGCUGAAGGCGUGGCUGAAAAGGGGUUUGGGGGACAAGCAUCGACGCAGGGACACCCUGCGGCGCGGCGUGAGUGCGAGAAGGCGGCUGCUGAGGACAACCCAUCAAAUAUAUUGGGGAAAUGUAACGGCAGACAGCACUUGCCAAAGCACUGGCGGCGCCGCGUGGAAGUUCAUACUGUGCAGCUGCUAGAGACGUACAUGCGGCAUAUGGAUGAGUGCUUGGCGCAGGGGUUGGUGGAGCGGCUUCGGCGCGUCACCCGCGGGCACGUGAUACGUUCCCUGGACAAGGAGGUCCUCCGCGUCAUGCAGGAACGUCAGCGGCCCCCGCAGGACAGACGCGUAUUCGUGCGAAAAGCACCCGAUCAGGAUAGCCACGAACACCAUCGCUUGUGGUCCCCUUCUCUGCGGGUUGAAGCAAAAAAGGGCAGGAUGACUGCGAACCAAGUCGUUCCCGCACCCCGGGCUUGGCCGAGGGGGGAAGCUGCCUCACAUGCAACUCCGCUGGUGGCAACGGAAGAGGCCGGACGGCCUGGGUCCUCUAUGAAUUCUUCCCUGGGGCUGUGUGCCGUGGACCCAGGCAACACCACCGCAACGGAGCCGAACACGUCUCUCAUUUCAGCCGAGUCAUCCGUAAUAGGGUCAAGUGCGUCGUAUCUGCGCCAGCUGGACCACGUGCUGUUUGAGCAACUUCAGCACAAAGUCCUGGCGCUGGAGCAACGCCUCGCCGCGGCCUCCUCCUCUGCUCCCUCUGGGAACCAGACGUCCCUGCCAUCGCCGCUGUCGCCACCGUCUGUGGCAACGACACUUGACUGCGAGGGCCGCUCCAGUAGGGGCUCCUCCUCGUGGUCCCCGACAAACUCCAGCAGUGCGACCAACGCAAGCGAUGACAUAAAUCUGCUCCUGGACGUCUUCAAAGGGCGCCAACCCGUAAACGCCGUUCAUAAACUGCUCUUGUGA